AUGAUGCACUUAAAGGAUUUCCUCGUUCUGUGCUUUGUGUGCAUAUGCGGACUGUUGAGUCUGUCAGAGGGACAAAGCGGCUCUGAAAGCAAACAAAGGCCAAAUGUACUUUUUAUUGUUAUUGACGAUCUUCGUCCAACUCUUGGUUGCUAUGGAGAGCCACUUCUUCGAACACCAAAUGUGGACAACUUAGCAAGCAAAUCAAUUUUAUUCGAUCAGACUUUUGUACAGCAAGCCGUCUGUGGCCCCAGUAGGAUAUCAUUUCUGACUAGCCGACGACCCGAUACAACCCGAUUGUACGACUUUUACUCGUAUUGGAGAGUUCAUGCUGGCAACUACACCACGCUGCCUCAGCAUUUCAAGGAAAGUGGCUAUAUCACCCAGUCGGUGGGCAAAGUUUUCCACCCCGGUAUUGCUAGUAACCGCAGUGAUGAUUCUCCAUACAGUUGGACCAACACUCCAUAUCACCCACCUACUCAAGCUUACAAGAAUUCUAAGGUUUGUCCCAACAGAGACGGCACCUUAGGAAUGAACAUUGUGUGUCCUGUUGAUUUGGAUGAGAUGCCAGAGAAGUCGCUGCCAGAUAUUCAGAGCUCAGAUUUUGCAGUGGAGUUCCUGAAAAAUCUGUCACAGGCAGAAACAAACCAGCCUUUCUUCUUAGCUGUUGGCUUCCAUAAACCACACAUCCCACUGAAGUAUCCGAGGGCAUAUAAAAAUUUGUACCCGAUUUCUGAGAUCAAGCUGGCCAAGUAUCAUACUUACCCUUGGCGCAUGCCCCUGGUGGCCUGGAAUCCAUUUAUUGAUUUACGAGAUCGAGAUGACGUAAAGAAUCUGAAUGUUAACUUUCCCUUUGGGCCAGUGCCGGAAUCUUUUCAGCUUCUCAUGAGACAAAGUUACUAUGCUGCCACAUCUUACAUGGAUGCUCAGGUGGGCAAGGUGUUGUCAGCAUUAGAGACCAAUGGCUUCUCAAACAAUACUAUUGUGACCUUCAUCGGCGACCAUGGCUGGUCGCUGGGCGAGCAUCAGACAUGGUCCAAGUAUAGUCUCUUUGAAGUGGCUGUUCGAGUCCCUUUUAUUAUGUACAUCCCUGGUGUAACAUACACAAAAACAAACAAGGAUGAAAAAGUAUUUCCAUAUUUUAAUAUCCUGAAAGCUAGCAAGAGUUUUUCAGCAGUAAAAAAUGUUGAGGAUAACAGCAGUAUUUUAUUUACAAGCGAAUACAGUACACCCUUGCAUGGGACAACCAACACAAACCAGGGUAAAGUGACCGCACUAUCCGGUAAAGAGGUGGCUCCGAACUGGCAGUUUGAACCCAGAUAUAAAAGUUCAGACUUUGUGGAACUUGUAGAUCUAUUUCCAACAUUGGCCGAAGCAGCUGGCCUGCCCACACUACCUCUUUGUCCACCGAAUCCGUUUAAAACCCGGUUGUGCACUGAGGGAGUCAGUCUGGUGCCAUUAAUUAAGAACAUUACUGGGAGUGCGACAGAUACAAAGACAGGUGUGAAUGUUGAGGAUAGGUCCACCUUACCAAAAUCCGCACCAAAAGAUAAUUCAGCAUUUCUUCUGGCUCGGAAUUGCUCAGAUGUGUUCAUUCCGGCUACUUCUAAGGAUUUUCACUGGAAGAGUGCUGUAUUCAGCCAGUAUCCACGUCCAGCUGCUGUACCUCAACAUAAUACAGAGCUACCUCAUUUAGCUGAUAUUCGGAUUAUGGGGUAUAGCAUGUGGACACCGGAAUUCCACUAUACUGAGUGGGUGGGCUUCAACCCCAAAAACUAUACAAUAUUCUGGGAUGAUGAAUAUGCUCGUGAAUUGUACUUGAGAUCAACGGACCCGUAUGAAAUUAAUAAUGUUGCCGUUCUGGAGAGAUGCUUUCCUUUAGUGGAAAUGUUGUCUGAGCAGCUUCAUCAAGGCUGGAGAGGAGCACUGCCGAAAUAG